AUCAUAAGGGCUGCUCCUACAAUGAUGAGCAUACAUGGCCCAUGCAAAGGACAAGUACUACUGGGCUCAACUAAGGGCUGCUCUCACUGCAGGUCAAUGGUCGUCUCCUUCACCAGGAACAGCUCGAAAUAAUGGCUCCCCGCUAUCUUGGUUUCAUGUCCUACGCAAGUUCAACAAGCACUGUAAAGGUUUCCAAGACGUCGCAGAGGUCGCAUCACAAACUCAGGCUCUAUUUUUGCUGCUCGGAGCGGACACAGAGGACGUGGACAAGCUAGGUUUAGAAAAUGAUGACGAGCUCGUUCUUGGCGACGAGUGUCUCUUACCACUGGAACGAAUAGAGGAGGCUAGAGGAGGGUAUGAGAUAUUAAGGAGUCUGGACAGCAAGAACUUCGAUUCUCUACAGCAUGCACUUGCGCUCUACGCGUAUGCCCUCGGCCAGUUCUCGGAAUGCCUUUCCUACUUGUUAAAAGUACCGAAGCUGCUCGAGGCGCAGAGUCAUAUACCUCCAUCUUUCACCACUCGUUCAGAUAAUUCCGCACUUCAAAUACCUGGAUCAAUUACCGAAACCUCAUCAUCAUGGACCGGCAGUUUUGUUUCUGCUGACUCUUCUGGUUCGACAGCUGACAUCAAGGAUGGGAGAGCUUGGGCAAUCAUUGAGUCCAUAAGGAGCACAUGCUUGCAAGGCAUGUGUUGUGAAAAAUUGUCACAACCCAAGAAAGCAAUCCAAGCCUACUCAUCCGCCCUCCCACUUCUGAGUAGCAUCGAGUCUGAGAUACCGCGGACACUCGCUGCCACACAUUCAUCUUUCGCUUCAUUUGACAACUACCGCGAGCUAUGGCGUUGGACAGAGCGUCUCAUGUUCAGGACCAUCUCUCUCCUUUCGUGGUUUUGCUGUCUGGAUGAGAACGAUGGCCUUAUUUGGACCAUGUUCACCCAUUAUCAUGCUUGCAGCGCCCAUUGGCCUGCGACAUUUCGCACAGGUCACCGCUCCAGAGUUGCAGUCCUUCACCUCCGAGCGUUAAUCAUCCGAUAUCAGACGCCAUCGGCUGCAGCCACUCCUAAUUCGUCACUUCAGUCGGCGAAACCACCCCAAUGGAUAAAUACUGCUCGCUCGGUCAUCUAUGAAUAUCGCACAAUUCUAGGGACCUGCACUACUUUCCCUAAGGCUGGAGAACGUAACGUUAAAGUGGAGGAUUUUGUAGACUUGUGUGUGGCAGUGUGGGAGACCAAUGGAGCCAUGUCUGACCGCGUCCGUUGGGUUCUCGAUAUGCUCUGGUGGGCUACCCGCCUCACCUUCAACUCAUACCGUAUUUAUCGACACAUGACACGGCUGCUCUCCAUCUCUGGUGAUGCGGAGCUGGCUAAACGUACCCUGAGGCUAUACGUUCAGGUCGUUUCAAAAGCACGAGAGGCAGGUGUGGAUAAUGACUUUGACACCGAUCGUCAUUGGGUUGAGACGCUUAUCAAUGGUGCCCGGAUGCUCUGUCGUCUUACCAUUUCACGCCAGGAUGGUAUCGACGAUGCCAAGGAAGCAGGGGAUAUGAUCGAAAGGGCGAAAACGAGGCUGGAUGAGGAUGACAAGGAGAUGGUGGCGAAAGUCGCACUGGCCGAUGGCGGUCGCGCCCUCGCUGCCUACUUGAAGUCUGUCGCGACCUACCCUACACCUGCUGCGCAUCAUCAGCUCGCGAUCGCACUCUCUUUACCUGGAAGUUCGCAAAAUGUGGACGAGGCGAUCGUAUCCGCUCGCGCAGCUGUUGAAGACGAUGCUGACGAGAUUCGACAUUGGCAUCUUCUCGGUUUGUUACUUAGUGCUAAUGGUGAGUGGGAGAAGGCGGCCGGUGUUUUAGAAGUGGGCGCAGACCUAGACGAGAGCAAGCAGGAUGCAGAAAGUUUCGCUAGAAUCGACGCGGAAAAUGCUGCCAAUGACAUCGCGGUGAAAGCGCCUAUGGCUAAUGGUAUCCAGGCUAAAGACUUUGAGUCAGACCAUCAGGACGCACAAGUAAAUGGCCAUUCAAUGCUCCCAGCUGCACAUCUACCGCCGAAUGAUGCAGAUGGUCCGAUGUCUGAGCACAAGAGGCUUCUUGAUCCUCAUGCAACCACUAUACCGCCAUCUGCCACUCUCCUCCGACCAUUACCUGACCAUCCAUUGCCUUCUUCCUGUGACGCAUUCAAUUACGCCCUCCAGCUCAGAAUGACACAAAUGGCACUCGCCGAACACAUAGAAGGCCCUGAAGGUGCAGAGGGGCGGUGGGUUGACGUAUUUGGCUGGGUUGCGGAAUGUAAAGGGUCGCCCUCCACAUCAGGGUCUAUGACAGAGACGCAGCCGAGGUCGUCGAUGGAUACUGGUACCGGCGCCAGGACUACACAAACGUCAUCAGUGCUGCAUCAGCCAUCACAAGACCCACUGAAUGAAAAAGGUCCUAGUGCAGACCACCAUGGAUCCCUGGGUCUUUCUCUUGGUCAACAAGACCCCGCGUCAUCGGAACUUCCGCCAAUCACUGUCACACCUGCAACGCCUGCUGAACCGCAUCGUCAUUUUCCACUCAGCAUGGAUGAGAAGGAAUCGUUAAAGGGUAGACGCUCCUCUUCAGCAGAUGGCACUGGUAGGAAGGUGCAACAGAUGCUAAAAGCCCGCGUCCAUAAAGGGCAGGAAAGGAUCAGCACUAUUUCGAGGAAACUCGGACACGGCGUUGUGCGAAACGGAUAUUUGAAGAGGACAAGCUCGGCACCAGACUUUCAUGCUGUACUACAAAACCAUAACUAUCAAGCGUCAUCAAUACACUCCCGCCGUCGGCUGCGUUCCCUGAUUCGUCAUAAUGCAGCUGCCGCACCCAUCGAGUCACCACCCGCUCCGCCUCCCCCGCUUCCUCCAGUGCCGGAGGAAACACCUACGCUCCACGCGACGAAGGACGACAAGCUUAUAAGCGACCUUUGGGCCAUGUCUUCUGCCACUUUUCGACGACUUGGUAAAACCGAGCAAGCCAAAGGCGCAAUCCAAGAAGCAGAAGUCAAAGACUCUGAAAAUCCUGCUGUAUGGGUACAGCUUGGGCUAUAUUACAUGACGCUAGAUCGUAAUAGAGAGGCUCUAGAAGCUUUUCAAAAAGCCCUCUUCAUAUCGCCAGACGAUAUCGCUGCAUCUGUACACUUAUGUCGCAUCCACCUUUCCACGAAGUCUUCGACCGACCCAGUUGACUCGGAUAAGGUUGAUCUAGUCGCUGGGAUUCUUGGCCACGUCACCCGAGGACCUGGCUGGGACGUUCCUGAGGCCUGGUACUACUUGGCUAAAGCAUACGGGCUACAGGGUCGCAAGGACAAGGAGCGGGAAAGUUUGGCAACGGCUUUGACGUUGAGUGAUCGCAGGAGUAUUAGGGAUAUUGGGCGGGCUGUGGGUUGGUGUUUGUGAUUUGUACAUGUGGUCAAGGUCCGGGGUUUGAUUUAUACAACGUCCCACUCAGACAUCUACCUACUACUGACUCUGUACGACAAUUAUAUAGAUGAUGGCCUUUUACGUUACUGUUCGAUGACGGAUUUUAUCGACUGUUUAUCACUUGACUUUUGGUCCCGGAUCAGAAGGUUUUUUUCGAGUGCGUUCCUCCUCGAGUGCUAGGGUUGAUCGAGAUUUUCUCUCCAAGGUGCAGACCGACGCGUGUUCCAGAGUCCUGGAAUUCGAUCUGGUACGGCUGUAUCUGAGCAAACCGUCGACGUUCAACCGAAAGACCACUAGUACUUAGUAUCUCUUCCAGCAGGCAAAGAGGUUCGCAGAAUCCAUCC